AUAUCCUGGUUCGUGUGAAUGUCUUCCUACGUUCUUUGGAUUUGAUUGUAGUGUUGCACAAGACAGUGUAACGAGCCCUGACCAAUGUUAUCCCAAAUGUGUGAUGGAAAACACCCUGGAAUGUGUUACAACUGAUCAAGGGUCGGAAUGUGUUUGCAAGUAUCCUUUCACUGGAGCUGAUUGUUCAAAAAGACGAGUUAAUGUUGAGUGCUCUGCCACAGACAUGACAAUAACAGUAAUUCCAUAUCCGGGAACAUCAGCAUUUACUGGCCGUGUAUUCAUUCCAAAUCAUCUGGACGCGCCUUGCCAAUUUGACGUACAAUCAGGAGCAUAUGUUAGCGGCAAGAUUGCACAUUCUGAAUGUGGAAUAGUCACCAAGACUGAUACAACUAUGAUUGGUACGGUUACUUAUGAAGCAAAGAUUGUGAUUCAAUACGAUCCCUUUGUUCUAACCCUCCUUGACGAAGUGGUUACUGCCCGGUGCUCAGCGAUGACGCGUGGUGAAUUAAAUUUGUCCUGGGGUGCGGUAGAUAUAGACGAGGAUAACCUCAAAAACGGUGGGGCUGUCACAGGGGAAAUUUCCCCGAUUGUAAUAAAAGUCACUGAUGGCCAAGGGAAUGAGAUUGGAGACAAUGUGUACAUUGGAGAUCCAUUGCAAUUACAGUUCAUCCAAAUUGAAGGUGGCGCCCCGUACUCGGUAGAGUCGUGUGUGGCAAGUAACACAAAAGAAGAUCCUGACAAUGAACUUGUCAUCAUAUGGGAUAGGUGUAUAGACCGAUCAUCCUAUGCAGUCGUUGAUAUGCAAAACCCUAUUGAAAUCCUGGAUGAAAAGAAAGUGGUACAUCUGAAAGCAUUUAAAUUCCCAUCUGAUUCCACCGUUUUUCUGACGUGUACUGUGCGAUUAUGUAACGAAGUGGAUCUAAGUACAUGCGACCCAAAGACUAAUUGUCCUUGGGAGAUACCACAAGGAUUGCGGAAACGUUCGGUUUAUGGUGAUGAGAUACUUUACAUAAAGAAGUGGACUGUGAAUGAAGUUAAAUUCAGCGACAAUGCAUCAUCAUGUUGCUUAGUGAAAGCAAUAUCUACAUUUGUGCUCGGAC